AUGAAAAAUUGCAAGAGACCUCGGACGAGUCAGGAGAGUGAGUUUUAUCAAUAUCCUACGGAUUGUUCGGAGGAAGAGAUUCAACUACGCUGUGAGUUUGUGAAAAAACUGAAAACGUUGGAUGAUAAGAGAGUCUUCGAACAAUUUGUUCGUGCAGUGAAGUCUUAUCAAUCAGGUUCUGUAACCUACAUCGACCUCAAAAACAAACUUGUUUCCAUCCUCCGUAAUCACCAAGAUUUGCUCCACGAGGUUUUGUCCGGCUUUGCUUCUCCUGCAAGAAACUCGAAGAACCCAAAUACGAAAUCAGACAUAGUACGCAUUGGUGUGCUCUUAAACAAAGUCCAAGCUUUGGGGGAGACUGUAUACAAAGCGUUUAUUGGUACGGUAGGGUUUUCCUGCGAUAUCGAGGUUAUGAUUGAACAACUCGAAGAGGUUUUCCGCGAUCACACGUCUUUGAAAGAAGAGUUUAAAACGAUACUAAUCGAUUCUCGAUUACUAAAACCGAAACGCCGUUUGGAGGCGGUAGCGAAACCCGUUACAGAGAACAAGCGGGCUAAUCAAAAGAUUUCUGAGAACGUGACUCCGUCGUAUCGGAUUAGACCUGAUUAUGUAGAGGGAUCUUCCUCUCAUGAGGUUUUAAACGAUAAAUACGUUUUGGUUGGUGGGUAUGAUCCUGAUAAAGUAGUCCAUAAGAGGAAACGGCAUUGGCGCGAUGUGAGAAUAAAUAAGCUCGAUGACAAAUUGCUCGAGGACGACCUGUUCUUGACAAACGUUCCUUCGGUUAUUAGGUUUGGGAAGAAUGACUUGUGUGACAAGGAACUAUGUGAGAAGCCCCCGUUAGGGUUUACGCAAGUCAUACAACGGUUUCAUAAAGGGAAGAAAGUGCCACAAAUAUUUAGGACAGAUCCGAAAAAUGCGGUACGAGGGAUUUUACCUAGAUUGCAGAGUAUGGAGAAGGAGAUAAGAAAGGCGAAAAAAUGUAACCUGAGAAGAAUCGAUAAUCGUGUGAAGUAUAAUGUGAACAAGUGA